AUGGGAACUGAGGAGGAAUGCUUGAAAUGCCCAGUCUGCCAGGAUUUAUUCACGGAUCCCGUGACUCUGCCAUGUGGACACGACUUCUGCCGCACCUGCAUCCACACAGUUUGGGACACCGAUUCUUCAGAGAAGGUUCCUCUCUUCUGUCCGGAGUGCCAGAUCUUUCUUCCACCUGAUCUGACUCUGGAGAUAAACAUCAGCCUUCAAACAAAAGCCGAGCUCUUUAGAAAGCAAGUGGAAACCAUGGCAACCAAUCACAUAAUCUACUGUGACCACUGCAUUGAGAUGGCUUCAGUGGCUGUUCGAACCUGCCUGACCUGCGAUGCCUCACUGUGUCAGGCUCACGCUCUGCUGCAUCAGCAGAAAUCCACGUUCAGGGAGCACACAGUGGUGGAGGUGACCAGUGAUCCGUUGUCUCUGAAGUGCAGGGAACACCGGGAUGAGCUGAAGCUCUUCUGCUUGAAAGACAGGGUCUCUGUUUGCUGUUUGUGCGUCCUGGUUGGGUCGCACAAGAACCACGAGGCUGCUCAACUGCAUGACGCCUGCAAGGACUUCAAGAACAUGCUGGAGACGACAAUGAACCAGCUGCUGGAACGGAGAUGUGAAGCUGAACAUGCCAUCAAAGACUUGGAAUCACUUUAUACGGAGACAGUGAAGUCUGCAUCGGAUUACAGAGAGAGGAUCUCCGACAAGUACAGCCGGAUCCGUGCUGUGCUGGAUGGCGAUGAGCGGCUGAUGAUGCAAGUGAUCGACGCCGAAGAGUCGUGCAUGACAGAAUGGCUGGACGUCCAGCGAGGGAUGAUGGAGGCAAAAAUAUUGGAGAUAGACCAGCUGAGAGAUUCGGCCAAAACGCUCCUCCAGGAGUCCAACGAACUGCGCUUCCUUCAACAAAUCACAGCCAAGAAUCUCUGUGACCCCCUUAAAUUAGCGCCCAUUCAGGACAUUGACCGAAGCCUGUGCGACCCGGACAAGCUGAGGACGGUGGAGAAGUUGGUCGAUGACCUCUCAGUGGCGCUGUCUGAACACUUUCCUCGAAUGUGGUCAUAUCUCUGCUGUCCUGAGUUGGACCCUGAAACCGCCCACCCAAACUUGGAGGUAUCCCACGACCGGAGACAGGUGAACUGGAGACGACAACAUUCCGCUGAGGCGUCAGACGCUCAGCCGUACGACUCCCAGUACAGCGUCUUGGCUCUUGCUAGCCUAAAAUCCGGACAGCACUACUGGGAGAAUGUGGUCCAGGAGAAACCCUACUGGCUGAUUGGUGUAACUACAGGAAAUGAUAAUAGGAAGCCAGACCAGAAACCCUGUGGGUUGGGGGUGAAUGAAACAUCCUGGGGCAUCUACCAUGGAGAUGGACAGUAUCUGGCCUGUCAUAACACCCAAGAGAAGCAGCUGUCAGUUGAGAAGAGAGUGAGGAAGCUGGGUGUCCAGGCAAACAUCCAGAAGGGGGAGCUGUCGUUCUAUGAUGCAGACACAAUGGCCCUGCUGCACUCCUUCUGUUUGGACUGUGACCAGCCUCUGUACCCAAUGUUCAACCCCUGCAUUGAUGUGAGGGGCGUCAACAGGCAGCCCCUUACCUUGUUUUGGAUAAAGGACCCCUGGAAUUGGAACGACGGUGGUGUUAGUGAAGAUCCAGUUGUCACGGACCAGUAG